GAGCCGAGUGUGUUGACUUUGAAAGAUCGGAUGGAUCCCGGCUGGUUUCGUGCUGUGAACACACAAAGUUGUCCUUUGGAGUGUGAUUGCCCUAUCCAGUGGCCAACAGCCCUUUAUUGUGACCACAGGGGCCUUAUCCAGCUUCCCUCUGGCCUUCCGUCCCGCACACAGUACCUGUUUCUCCAAGGGAAUAACAUUACUACCCUUGGAACCGGAGCGUUUGCCAAUGCCACCAACUUGCGCUGGUUGAUCUUGGAUCACAAUCAGCUACUGAGUGAGCAACUCGAUAAUGUGUUGUUCUCCAAUCUGACCCACUUGGUAAAUCUUUUCAUAAAUAAUAAUAACCUGACAAGGGUGCCAGUCGGACUGCCUAGUGGACUUAAGCAGCUGCGACUCGCAUAUAAUCACAUCGAAAAGAUUUCCGCAGGUGCUUUACAAAAUCUGGAAAAUUUAACAUUACUUUUAUUACAAGGUAAUCGUCUGAAGACUAUUGAAGAGAGUGACUUAAAAGGUCUUGGAGUCCUCAACCUCCUGGAUCUUAGUCACAACCUCCUGGAGACUUUUCCCAAACAUCUGCCUCCAUCUGUCCAGCAGCUUUACCUCUCCAACAAC